UCAACGCCUUAGCAGAGGUGCAGCAGAGUUUGGAGUACAGAAGGAAGACUAGUUUGUCUCACGCGAUAGUGAAAAGAGUAGUAUUUGGAAUUCGUUAUGUCUACGGCAUUAGUGUCAGCUUUUUAUGAUGUUGGAGACAUUAUAUAUCAGAAUCGCAAAAAUAGCCUAAGUAAAGGUAUGGAUCGCAAAGCAGUAGGGACCCCUAUUCCACGCCGACAUUCCAGCACAUCAACAAGUGGCAUCACGCCGGGGAGCCCACCAAACUCGCCAACGUCCAGCAUGAUCUCCUUUCAAAAUGAAUCGUCUCUCUUCGGCCGGGAACUGACCAAGAAGUCGCUGGAUCGCAGUGUUAGCGAACCAGGGGACCGCAGCAAUAACAACCAAAACAAUCAACGGAAUGGUAAUCAUCAGCAGCAGAAUAUCAACUCGAGUCGUUACAAGACGGAAUUGUGCCGGCCCUAUGAAGAGAGCGGUCAUUGUAAAUACGGAGAUAAGUGCCAAUUUGCUCACGGUGCUCACGAACUGCGUACAUUGAAUCGCCAUCCCAAGUACAAAACUGAACUGUGUCGUACAUUCCACACCAUUGGAUUUUGUCCUUACGGACCCAGGUGCCAUUUCAUACACAACGACGAUGAGAGAAAAAUGAAUCAAAUCAACAACGGGAAGCAGCAGCACAUGCAGCACCAGCAACUUCAAAACUUGCAGAAUCAGUUGCAACAGCAGCAACAACAGGCAGCGUUUCAACCCAUGAGGCCCAGGGCAUUGAGUUUCAAUGUGACCAUGUCGUUGGGUUCAACAGCUGAUUCUCCGCCGUCCAGUGUGUCAGACAGUCCCAGCCUCAGUCCCAUCUUCUUUGGUGAUGAUAUCAGCAGCCUUCCAGAAACCCCAUUCUGCAAUAAUAUUACUGCCUCAAAGUUUAACUUCAACUUUGGUUCCCAAGAGCUUCCCCCCUCCCCUGCCAAUCCAGCUUCUUAUACAUUCAAUCCCCAUGCUCUAGCUGCAGCCCUCAGUAACCAGCACAACAACAAUGAUUCCGUGUUCGUGGAAGAGGUUUUUGGUGCACCACCACCCUCACCCCCGGACUCUCUUGUUGGGGAAGAGCAAACCUGCGGGUCCCCAUUGGAUGUAAGUCGUGGUCUUCGUCUUCCUAUAUUCAGUCGCCUGUCUUUGAGUGAUGAUCCAGAGCUCUAAAGAAACUGAACUGUGUUAUUAUUAUCAUCAUCAUUGUAUGAAAAUUUGGAGGAAAUUGAGGCAACUAUGCAAACUUUAUGCAAUAAAAACAAGGUGAAGGACCUUUGUUUUAAGUGAACUUACCAGUGAAUGCUUGAAGUAAAACCGAGUGACUUUCUUCAAUGUAACAGAUAUGCAAUUUUUUAUUUGUAAACUGUUCACUGUACUUAAUUUUAAGGUAGAGUCUUCAGUUGGUCUUAUUUAUGUAAUGAAGUGUAAUAUGUCAUUCCCACCAAUUAUUUAUUAUCAGGUAUUGAAAUCUUAUCAAGGUGUUGACGGUGUGGUCAACAUGUACGUUUUCAUAAAUGCCACAAAGUGGUUAGCUUCAUUUUGACAGGCUAGAGUUGAACUCCAGGAGUCCACAACUCUGGUGAUUUUUUUCAUGUUUGUCAAUAUCAUCAGUAUAUAACAUGCAUUGCAGUGCAGCUCUGUGUAGUCUCUACUCAACAUGUAACUUGGCUCAAGUUAGUUUAUCAACAGCACAAAUACCUGAGCUGUCAUCCCAGAUUCAGGUGCACUCAGAAUAUCAGUGUCUAUAUAUUUAACUUAUCAAACUUUUUUAUUUAUUACAUGACGGUGCAUUUCUUAAAUUUAUAUUGAGAAGAAAAGCAAAAUUGUUAUUUAUCUGGUCAAGAUAGAUAAUUGUCGUAUAUUGUUUAUACAUUUUCAUUUAAAUUAUCAUUUCAAUCACCAAAGACAUUUGAGGGAGUGUUUAUAGAGUUCAUAAAUUUUCUUUUGUGCAAGUAUGUGUAAUGUGGUCUCUCUUCUCCCUAUACAUUUAUCAUUUGUAUUUAAGACUGAAUCAUCGAAAAGUCAUAAAAAAAAUAAAAAUGCUUUUCUUGCAUUA